GACGAGGACGAGGACGAGGAGGAAGAAAAAGAAAAGAGUCUCAUCGUGGAAGGCAAGAGGGAAAAGAAGAAAGUAGAGAGGUUGACAAUGCAAGUGUCUUCCUUACAAAGAGAACCAUUUACGAUUGCACAAGGGAAAGGGCAGAAACUUUGUGAAAUUGAAAGGAUACAUUUCUUUCUAAGUAAGAAAAAAACAGAUGAACUAAGAAAUUUACACAAACUGCUUUACAACAGACCAGGCACAGUGUCCUCAUUAAAGAAGAAUGUGGGUCAGUUCAGUGGCUUUCCAUUUGAAAAAGGGAGUACACAAUAUAAAAAGAAGGAAGAAAUGUUGAAAAAGUUUAGAAAUGCCAUGUUAAAGAGUAUAUGUGAAGUUCUUGAUUUGGAGAGAUCCGGUGUAAAUAGUGAACUGGUGAAGAGGAUCUUGAAUUUUUUAAUGCAUCCAAAACCAUCAGGCAAACCAUUGCCAAAAUCUAAAAAAACUUCUAGCAAAGGCAGUAAAAAGGAACGAAACAGUUCUGGAAUGGCAAGGAAGGCAAAACAAACGAAAUGUCUUGAAAUUCUGUCGGAUGAAUCUAGUAGUGAUGAAGAUGAAAAGAAAAACAAGGAAGCAUCUUCAGAUGAAGAUAAAGAAAGUGAAGAGGAGCAGCCACCAAAAAAGACAUCUAAAAAAGAAAAAACUAAACAGAAAGCUACUUCUAAAAGUAAAAAGUCUGUAAAAAGUGCUAAUGUUAAGAAGGCAGAUAGCAGCACCACAAAGAAGAAUCAGAACAGUUCCAAAAAAGAAAGUGAAUCUGAGGAUAGUUCAGAUGAUGAGCCUUUAAUUAAAAAACUGAAGAAACCACCUACAGAUGAAGAGUUAAAGGAAACAGUGAAGAAAUUAUUGGCCAAUGCUAAUUUGGAGGAAGUCACAAUGAAGCAGAUUUGCAAAGAGGUAUAUGAAAAUUAUCCUGCUUAUGAUUUAACUGAGAGAAAAGAUUUCAUAAAAACAACUGUAAAAGAGCUGAUUUCUUGAGAAAGAAGACAAAGGACUUGUUCCUUUAGAUUGGAAGAUCUGAUGUAUACAUUAUACCAGCAAAGAGAAUGUAUUUCCUUUUCUAAAUUCUUGUCUUGGUAGAACUUACUGCUGGCCUUUUUAUCUUGGGUGUUAAUGUAAAUUUGAGUUUGUCAUUUUAAACUGCAUUUCUACACUGUUUUUAGUUUAAAAUGUUGCAUGGCAGUAAUUGUUACUUGCUUUUAUAGCUGUAUUUUGUACAUUUUGAAUUUCUUUAUAUAAGGCUAUAGAUUCUUCAAUUAUGGGUUUUAGUGCACUUAAUAUUAGCUUGCUUAAGACAUACUUUUAAUCAAGUAGGACAAAAAAUACUAUAAGUGGCAUUUAUACCUGCAGAAACGAUUGCAGUAUUUAGUAUAUGAAAUAUUUUGAAUAUACAUCUCUUCUGUCAGUGAACUCAGUGGCAUUGUGUUCAUCAUACUAAAUUACACAAGCUGUCUGGAUAACUAAUUGGAACUUCUUCUGCAUGUGUAUAUAUGCCAGGUUGUCAGCAUGACAGAAGUGACAGAUGUUAUUUUUGUAUUUUUAAAAAACAAUUUGUUGUAUAUAAAGUUUUUUUAUUUCUUUUGUGCAGAUCAAUUUUUAAACUCAUGUAGGUAGGAACUUCACACUUACAAACUAUGAAGUGUCAGUGUUAGCCAGAGUGCAACGGAGCAGUGGGAGUCGGAAUUCGGUGAUAUUGCAGGAACUGUCUAGUUCUGCUUUGCCUUCCAAGUGUCAUCAAUUAUAGUUUUAGUGUUAACUACAAAAGCAGAGGUAAUGUUUCAUAUUAAGGACAGACUAAAAUUAACACAUCAAAGCUUCAAAAACUUCGGGAAAGAGUUAAGAUUUAAGUACAUUUGGCCUACAUUAAGUGACAUUUUUAUUAACUGCUUUUGACCAUAUGCUGAUAUUUACAGGAAACCUGGCCACCUUCAUAAUUACGAUAAAAGUACUAGGUAGAAGAGAAGAGAAAUGUGUAGGCUGUGGCAGAAUCUCUGACAGAGUAUUUCUCAAAAGUGGUAGUAUACUGUACUUAUUUUUAUCACUAAAGAGAUUUACGGUGUUCGUUGAGUUUUACAUUUUGGCCAAUCAGGAUUCCACGUGAUCAAUAUAUGGACCACUCCUGAAUUUAAAAGACUGUGUCUUUUAAGUUGACUGUCUUAAUUAGUUUACUAAAUAACCUUUCUCUGAAUUUUAAAAUGAAACAUGCUGCUAUGACAGAAUUAGGUAUUUGAGGUACCAAUUGAGUGUUUUAAAAUCUUUGUAUCACAGAACAGAAAUACGUAAGAAUGAUACAUGUUGAAUGUUAAAAGGUAUUUUCACAGAUUUGACUUGUUCCUUGACAAAGUUAGGACAUUAGGGAAGCGUACACUGAAUAGAAAUGAAUGGGAUAAGCAACUGAGACCUAAAAUUUGGCCUUUGAUUUUAAAUACUUAAUUUGUUCCUGUAAACCUUGUCAAUAAAAAGAAAAUCAUUGGUGUUUUAAA